UAAUCCGUGAUUUCACACAUUUCAGACAAAAUGAUUAGUGGCAAUCUAGUAAAUCCACGUAAUAAGGAUGGAUAAAAUUGUAACAUCAAAACCCAUCACUAAGGCCUACAUAAACCGCCAAUCACUCCUCUAAAAUCUUACAGGAGAAGAAGCAAUUUCGGAAAAUUGUGAAAAUGGUAGGCCAAAGUCAUCCGACGACGUUUCUAUUCUUCACCACCUUUCUCUUCAUAUGCGGAACAAUCUCAGCCGUCCGUUUGCCUCCACGACCAAACACUACAACAACCAACGAUCUAGAUUUCAUCCGAACAAGCUGCAACGCGACUCUAUAUCCAGACGUCUGCUUCACGUCACUCGCCGGCUACGCCUCCGCCGUUCAAGACAGUCCGGCGAGGCUAGCCAAGCUCGCAAUCGGCGUUUCACUAUCGCAAGCCAAAUCCACGGCGGCUUAUCUCUCCAAACUCUCACGCUCUGCCGCCGUAACCUCUGCGGCUAGAUACUCCGGCGAUGGCCACCAAACUGCUUCAGCCGUAAUCCGCGACUGCGUUUCGAACGUUGAAGACGCGGUGGACGAGAUGAGAGGAUCUCUCCGACAGCUACGCGACAUGAACGGCGGCAGAGGCGGCGUCAUGGCGGCUCGGAGGUCGGUGGAAACGUUUAGGUUUCAGAUGAGUAACGUGCAGACGUGGAUGAGUGCGGCAUUGACGGAUGAGGACACGUGUACGGAUGGAUUUGAAGAUAUAGACGAAGGAGGAGUGAUUAAGACGACCGUUUGUGAUCGGCUCGAGGAAGUGAAGAGGUUAACGAGUAAUGCUCUUGCCCUUGUUAACACUUAUGCCAACAAUGGAGCUCCAUGACCAUGAGGCAUGAGACCAUGAGGAGUUUUAACUUUGAUUUAAGUGUUUCUUUGAUAAUUUAAUACAUUAUGGGGUUUUAA